UGGUUUCUUGGAGAGGGCUGCGCAAUUGCGCGCGCUGCGAGAGCACAACUCUACUAUCGGACAUUUCCAUGAAAUCCACUCUCUCUCUCUUUCUCUCUCUUUGGAUCACAUCCCUUUUGUCCACGCGUCUUUCUCUAUGGUUUCAGUCCGAUCUAUUGGACGCGGGGUUCUGCAACCACUCUGAAAGAGAGGUUAAAAGUUGCCGUGUGGACAGUAGAAUCAUAUAUGAGGAUCAUUACACAGGUGCUGUCCAACACAGACCGCAAAAAUGCCUAUGCAUCCGGUGACUUCCACGUUGAUGUACCGGGGGAUCUGCACGAUUCCAGAUAUCCUGUCAUACCGUGCACCGGUCAACCUGCCUGAAGAUGAAGUGGAAGAAAUCCGGGAGGCGUUCAAGGUAUUUGAUCGAGACGGGAAUGGAUUCAUCUCAAAGCAGGAGCUUGGUAUGGCCAUGCGCUCAUUAGGGUACAUGCCCAAUGAGGUCGAGCUAGAAGUCAUCAUUGAAAGACUUGACAUGGAUGGAGAUGGCCAGGUGGAUUUCGAGGAAUUUGUUACCCUACUGGGGCCCAAACUCACAGCUGCCGGAAUGCCUGACAAGUUCAACGGAACCGAUUUUGACUCUGUGUUCUGGAAGUGUGAUAUGCAGAAACUGACAGUGGAAGAGCUAAAGAGAUUGUUGUAUGACACUUUCUGUGACCAUCUGUCUAUGAAGGACAUUGAGAAUAUUAUCAUGACUGAGGAAAACCAUAUUGAAAAUCCCGGGGACUGCCAGGUUGACAUUGACACUGAGAGUCCGACACAACAAGUGAAGCAAACAUGCGUACGGAAGAGUCUGAUCUGCGCCUUUGCGAUUGCUUUUAUCAUCAGUGUCAUGCUCAUCGCGGCCAAUCAGGUGCUUCGCAGUGGCAUGAAGUAACCGAGAGGACCAAUCACAGCCUAGAUUUAAUUAAAAAUACACCAAUGACAGAAAUGGCAAAAAAAAAAUUUGGAGACGAGCUACUGCUUCCACUGUGCAAAACUUUUCAUAGACAGUUGCUUUGAAUUGUAAUGUAUAGAUAUGCACCAAUGUUUGAGCCCUCUUACCUGCAGCGAAACAAAACAAAACCCUAAAACACUUCUAAAGAGUAAAAGAAAAGGAGAGGAGUUUCAAAACUCAUUGGAACAUUUGACCAGGACAAAUGUUUUGGACUUAGGAUGUUAUGCGAAUUUAGACGUAUGGGCAUGUCCAACCAAGGAUCCUACUCUUCGACGCAUGAUGAUGCAUGGAUUUACAAUAGUCUGGAUGCACCAGUAGAGCUCAGCUGUUCAUCCAUUCAUCUACAGUAUAUAUUAGAUCACACAACAAAUUUUACCAUCAAAGACCGCCUGACGUAUAUUUGAAACGUUGGAGGAGGACAGGAGGCCAUUUCUAAAAUACAACAUCAAAUAUACUGAUCCCUUUGCAUGAGAAUAAGGGCUGUUUAGGGCAUGCUUAUGUCAUGCAGUGUUUGUCUUGUGUUGUCGAGUAAUUUUCGUGGGUUCUUACCUAUUGAACUUACCUGAGAAGAUUGUAGUUGUACUGUGGCCAAAGGCUGCAUGAAACAACCCAAAAGUGACGUUUUACCACUAGUGAACUAUUCUUAAAAGGGGUUUACGUUGAUCAAUUGUAAUGUAAUAAUGUCGAUUUUCUUUUUCACCUGAAAUACACUAUGCAUUUUCAGGCAUACUUUCGAAUGAUCAACACUGCUCGUUGGUGCAAAUGUAACUGUUUUGCUUACUUUCGUAAACAUUUGUAAAGUAAAGUAAAGUAUACUUUAUUGUCCCCGAAGGGAAAUUUGUUGUGGUCUUCAUAUUGUUGCAUAGACAAAAUAAGAAAAAACGCAUCACAAAAGCAUCAAACAUGUUUUUAUUGUGUUGUUAUCAUGUUGUUAUUGUUAUUAUAUUAUAUGUACUAUUUGUGUGGUAAUAAACACACACACACAUAGUACAUAUAAAACAACAACAUAAUAUCCUUGUUAACCCCAUAAAGAUGAAGUCUGCAUAAAAUGUAUAAUCUCUGGUGCAGAUGUGUGUUUUCCAAGUACAUUAACUAUCUAUAUA